AAACUCCAUCUCAAUUCCACAGAUAAGAUUGGGUUAUUAAUAUUCAUGUCAACCCCGUGGUUGAGAAUGACGGGUCUCGCUGACCACGUGUCUUGCAGAAAAUAGCCGGAGCCUAGAACUAGAAUCGGCUGGAUAAGAGCAAACCUCCAGCAUUGCUUAGGCAGACUCGUAGGACGUCACUGAAGGCAAUCUUUCCUCUUGUCAGGGAAGACGUUAGGCUUCAGAGAUGGUAAAAAACCUCAGAAGUCCCGUGGCCUAUGCGAAAAUGAAGGGUUUGAUGUCAUACUUUUCUGCCUUAAUAAAAGAAAGGAAAGCACUCGCCAGUGACUUGAUGCUGAAGCUUGUGGCCAGUCCGAAGAUGUACCGGCGCUUUGACUCUCAUGGGUUUCUAGGGCCAGAGGAGGAUGGAGCUGAUACACUAUGUUUCAGGGAUGCCUCACCAGAGAAGGUGACUGCUGCAGAUUUUGAUUACCUGAAGGUGAUUGGGACCGGAAGCUUUGGAAAGGUCUUAUUAGCCAGGCACAAGGAGAGUGAAAAGUAUUAUGCUGUGAAGGUUCUACAAAAGCACACCAUUUUGCAGAGAAAAGAACAGCGCCAUAUCAUGUGUGAGCGCAGUGUUCUGUUGAGGGCCCUCCAUCACCCUUUCCUGGUCAGACUCCACUACUGCUUUCAGACCGGCGGGAAACUCUACUUCGUGCUUGACUACGCCAGUGGAGGAGAGCUCUUCUAUCACCUGCAGAGAGAACAUGUGUUUUCGGAACCCAGAGCUCGAUUCUAUGCUGCUGAAAUUGCUAGUGCUCUGGGAUACUUACAUGGCUUAGAUAUCAUCUAUAGGGACCUGAAGCUAGAGAAUGUGUUGUUGGACAGACAUGGCCAUAUACUGCUGACAGAUUUCGGGCUGUGUAAAGAGGGGAUAGACGUAGAAGGUCGGACUGGGACAUUCUGUGGAACACCUGAAUACCUGUCCCCUGAGGUGCUGGAACAAAGAGAAUAUGACCGCACCACUGACUGGUGGGCACUCGGUGUGGUGCUUCAUGAGAUGCUCUAUGGCCAGCCUCCAUUUUUUAGUGAGUCCCGUUCGAGGAUGUUGCAGAAUAUCCUCCAUCAGCCACUCUUUUUGGGGCCUGGAAUCUCCAAACCUGCCAGAGACCUGUUGCACAGGCUACUGGAGAAAGAUCCUGAGAAGAGGCUGCAGAACCUGGCAGAGUUAGAGUCUCACCCAUUCUUUUCCUCAAUCAAUUGGACCGAACUUGUGGAAAAGAAAGUGCGGCCCCCUUUUAAACCAUCUCUGUCAGGGCCCGUUGACCUGGUGCAUUUUGACCCCGAAUUCACACAGUUACCGGUUCCACCCUCACUGGGUGUGUGCGAGGGUUCAGGGUUAGCAUUCCCUGGCUUCAGCUAUACUAGUGAGAAUUAUCCUGCUGUGACCUCUCAGCCCAGCCAACGCUGACUCACAAGAUUCUCUUCACUCAUGGAAGUUUGAUCAUCGUUGCAAAGGAGCAUCAGCAUUUCUAUGUUGUUUCAUCUCAGUGAAUGUUACUUUCUUGUGUCACCUUAAGACAGAUUUAGACUGUUCUCAUUUUCCUCAAAACCAAGCAAAUGCUAAGCUAGUAUUACAUCUACCAAUGCUAUGUUGGAAAAAACUGACACUUUUAAGGUAAUGUCCCUUGGACCAAAAGCUGUUAAAUAGUCAUCUACCAGAUUUUCUCAUCCUCUUGUAAUAAUUCCUGUGAAUCUCAGUGAAAUUGUAUGGAGAAUCAUUGUAUAUUUUGUGUAUAUAUCAUUUAAGGAGAAUGUGCUUCCUGUAAUCUGUCUUAAUUAUUUGGCAGCAGCUGCGGGAAAAGCAAGGGUUCCUGAAUUUUUUUAUUUCUUGAAAUGUUUUUUUCUUGCCUCUAUGUAAAUCAAUUGUGUAGAAUCAUAUAUUAUUACGUUAUUACGGAGUACAAUAAAUAUGGUAGGUUAAUAAUAAA